GGAUAUUGAGGCUGAGAGGCUAUUCUUAAUUAAUGGAAGCUCACCUGUGCAGGAACAGGUGGGACUUCUACAAAACCAGUGAGCUGCUAGAAGGAAGAUAGCUGCAGGGAAGAAGGCUGUGGCCACUCUCCCUGGGUCAAGGGUGAGAAAGGGAUUUGGACACCAGAGGAAGGGUUUGUCUAGCACACCCAGAAGACAAGGGUUUAGCUAGAAGGGUGGAGAAGGUGAGCCUGGGGUAGGAAGGAAGUACUCCAAGGGAGUGGCGAGAAGGUUUGCUGUAGCACAGACCUUGGCUGUGGGAGAUAGGGUCCUGGACUGGAACCCAGAGGAGAUGGAGGGCCAGGGUUCCCCUACCAGCCACUGAAUGAGUGGCACAAUCUGGGCAGUGAACUUGAAGACUCUCUGGGUCUAUUUGUUCUUACCACUGAGGGAGUGAAUCAGCCAGGCCAGUGGAUUUAAGGACUGCCUGGGGCGGCGUGGAAGACUGUGAUAGUUCCCUGGAAGGGAGAACUCUUUUGUGACUUGGUCACAAAGGGGAAGCAACCAAGCCAUGAAGAUGGAGAGCACAGAGCAAGGGGGGCCAUGGCAAGAACAAAUGAUGGAAAGGGGUGUCAGACCUGGAUGGAGCUAAUCCCCUGAGCAGCCGGGAGGAGGUGCCCUACUGGCGGAAGGUGUUGCAUCUCGGGUCACUGAGAGAUCCUGAAAUCAAGUUGCUGAGAGUCUCGAGAAUGAGGCAAGCAGAGGACUGAACUGAACUUCUGGAAAAUUACUUAGAAUCGGCUAUGGUGAUAUAAUGGAGUAAUUAUAGUUUCAAGGACUGGCCACCUACUGAAAAAAAUAGAAGAUUCCUUAUAAAGUACUAAAGGUCAGAUGAGAAAUGGAGAAAUUGACAAAUAGGAGAAGCUACGGCACUGAAGCUGUAAGUCAAGCAGUAAAAGCAAAGAUUCGGUACACGCCAGCACUUCUUUGGGACAGUGGCUAAAUAUGGAGUACCAAAAUUGGUCAAACCUCCGAAGGAAGCCUGAGGAAGAGCUGAAGGAUUUGCUCUGGUAUUUUAAAGGAAAUUCGCUGUAGCCGUGUUUCAAUAAUCAAAAGAAUAGACUGUUUCCUAUGGGAACUCUCGCUCUCUGUCGCGUUUGCAUUGCAGGAGGACUCUCCUACAUAUGUAUCAAGGAAAUGAGUGGCACAGAAUAUAUUAAUUAACAUCCUGAAGAAAUUAAGGUCCUUCAGUCUCACAUCAGUUCCAGGCAUGGAGUGGCUGAUACAGAAAGUGAUUGAUACAGAAUUAAUGGAAGGAGAUGAUCCCCCCAGAGGAGGUUUCUCUUCUCAGAAAAAAUCCCCGAAACUAUGUGGCACCAACUACCCGCUCAGCAUUGCCUUCAUCGUGGUGAACGAGUUCUGCGAACGCUUCUCCUACUAUGGCAUGAAAGCUGUGCUGACUUUGUAUUUUCUCAACUUCCUCCACUGGGAUGACAACUUAUCCACCACCAUAUACCAUGCCUUUUCAGGCCUGUGUUAUUUCACACCUGUCAUUGGAGCUCUCAUCGCCGACACAUGGCUGGGAAAAUUCAAGACGAUUAUCUACCUCUCUAUUGUUUAUGUGAUUGGCCACGUGAUAAAGUCUGUUGGUGCGAUACCAACUGUGGGAAACCAGGUUGUUCAUGUGGUUCUGUCCAUGCUUGGCCUGGCUUUGAUUGCCCUUGGAACGGGAGGUAUCAAACCCUGUGUGGCUGCCUUUGGUGGGGACCAGUUUGAAGAAGAACAUGCCAAAGAAAGGAGCAAAUUCUUUUCAGUCUUCUAUCUAGCUAUUAAUGCGGGAAGUUUGAUCUCCACAUUUGUUACUCCUGUAUUGAGAGGGGAUGUGAAAUGCUUCGGAGGAGAUUGCUAUGCCUUGGCUUUCGGUGUCCCAGCAGCACUCAUGGUUAUAGCCCUGGUUGUGUUUAUUGCUGGAAGUGGAAUGUACAAAAAAACUCCGCCGCGAGGGAACAUCCUACUCGAAGUUUGCCAGUGCAUUGCGUUUGCUAUUACAAACCGACUGAAAAACCACUCCAAACUGAUUCCGAAGAGGGAGCACUGGCUAGAUUGGGCAUCAGAAAAAUACUCAAAGCAACUGAUCAAUGAGAUUAAAAUGGUGACACGAGUUCUCUUCCUGUUUAUCCCACUGCCAAUGUUCUGGGCUCUCUUUGAUCAACAGGGAUCUAGAUGGACUCUGCAAGCUACUAAAAUGAAUGCAGACUUUGGAGGAAUAGUCUUUAAACCAGACCAAAUGCAGUUCUUGAACCCACUCCUGAUUCUGAUCUUCAUCCCAUUUUUUGACUUUGGAGUCUACCCCCUGAUCAACAAGUGCAGAUUUAAUUUCACGCCUAUUAGAAAAAUGGCAACAGGUAUGAUCCUUGCAGGUCUGGCGUUUGCAGCUGCAGCCAUUGUAGAAAUCAAAACAAAUGAAACCAGUAUGCCCUCACCUGUUCCGAAAGAAAGUUUCAUUCAGGUUCUGAAUUUGGCAAAGGACAGUAUUCAUGUGAAAAUCCAAGGCCAAGACCUAUUUCAGCAACCUACUGGGGCUUUUCAGGACCCAGCUGAGUAUUCAAAAUUAACGUUGAACGGAGCACAACAAAACCUUGGCUUUGAGCUGCAGUCCCAAGGAUCAGUGUCCACUUUUUACCACACCGUGCAGGAAAAAUCAGUAUACAGCUUAAUUGUCUACAAGUCAGAGGGAAACCUAUCAAGCCACUUAAUUGCAGACAUGGAAACAAAACCAGGCAAAGGGCUGACUGCUGUCAGGUUCAUUAAUGCUUUGGACCAAGAUGUCAACGUCACCAUUGACAGAGAGCAGAUCAUCAGUGUUAAGAAGAACUACAGUGUUUCAGAAUACACAACGUUAGAGAGGGGAAAAUACAAUGUACAAUGCAAAACUGAAGCUACGGAAGUCACCCUGGACCUAGGCCUGCUUGACUUCGGAGCAGCGUACACCAUUGUUAUAACUAACACUUCUGCAAACACUAUUGAAGCAUGGAAGACAGAAGAUAUCAUGGCCAACAAUGUCCAUAUUGCUUGGCAAUUGCCACAGUACAUGUUAAUAUCAGCCGGGGAAGUGAUGUUCUCCAUUACGGGACUAGCAUUCUCUUAUUCUCAGGCUCCUGUCAGCAUGAAAUCAGUGCUCCAGGCAGGCUGGCUGCUCACCGUGGCCUUUGGAAAUGUCAUUGUGCUCAUUGUUGCCCAAGCAGCACCGCUGGAGCAGUGGGCUGAGUUUGUCUUGUUCGCUUGCCUCCUCUUUGCCGUGUGUAUCAUUUUCUCCAUCAUGGGCUAUUUCUACGUUAGCGUGGAUCCCGAAGACGUAACAGAAAAAGAAGACGAGAAAGAGAAGCCCAGUAAUGGAAACGUGAUUAGUCUCGUUCCCCAGAAAACAAAGCUAUAACAUGACUGUGGGUUGGGCUGGUUGCUUUUUUUAAACAGAGCACAUUAAGAGGAAGGAGGUUCGGGGACGGGGGGUUUUGCAUUCUGGCCUCUCACUCAAAAUGUAUCUUUCUGCUAAAUUGAAAAAAAAUCCCCCUUUUCCCCAAACAAGGGGUCUGAAAAUUUGUAUAAAACUGCCUGGGAAAUCUCCCCUAGUAUUAAAGGCACUAUUACAAAUAAAUACAAUGUAAUUUAAAUCUGCCCACCCUUUAUAGCCAGGAAAUUCUUUUCUGUGACUUGGCUUUAAAUAUAUAUUUAGCAGCAGGGGGAAGCAUGUACACUGGACUUUGAGACAACACCGCUGAUUUAUGUAAGCGUUUGGAAGAACAGGAUGGAAUUUACUGAAGAACAAUUUGGUGGAAUGAUUGGUAGGAGGUUUCCGUGUCAUCAGUAAGGUUGGGAAGAGUUACAUAUAAUCAUGGAAGAUUUCAUCGUGUGAUUUUUUUUUUCUGGGCAUUUUGCUUCCAUUGUUACAUAUUACUAGGGGUCUUGAUUUAUGGUUUCUACCUCCAGAUCCACAUGUAAUAAUGGGCAAUGAAAUGUUGCAGGACAAAAUGUCCCCCAGAAACUACCCUACAAGAUAUGCACACUGCCAUCUGUCUGUCUAAUCCCACAUUUCUCAACCCAUGGGUCACAACCCAGAAUGUAUGAAACUUUAAAAAUAGAUCAUAUUUUGCAUACAAUUUUUUAAAAUAGAUGCCUCUUGUGCUUCACCGUAUGUUAAUGCUGUGCAUACCAAUAAAGUUAUUUGAACAUG